ACCAAACGAAAGUGUGGAGGAGCUCAAGCUACUAAAAACUUCCGUGAAGCUGUCCUAAGAACAAAGAUGCCACCUAAGAUCUCAAAAAGUGCAACAAGCAGCGCAGGCAGUAAAGGGAAAGAUAAAGGCAAGAAGAUUCGGUCACCUACUCCUGAAAAGCCUGAUCACCCUGAGGAUAUCUUCCCCAUGGUCCUGACAUCGGCAACCCAGGAGCUCUUUGGUUGCCGCGCUGAUGAGGACGUCACAGGGGAGAGCCCUUACAAGCUGCUGAAAAAAGACGACAUCAUACAGGACAUUAAGACAAGAGCUGCAGUGUCCGAUUUCAGCCCUGUGAAGCAGAUUGUGCUGGACUACCCAGAGGAUGAGCUCUUGCUGGUUUUUGACAGAGACUUCACUUAUGGCCAGAGUUUCUACCUGAUUCUGACACCAGAAGCUAAGGAAAGAAUCCUCAGUCCCCCUGAGCCUGAGACACCAGUAGUGAUUGAGAAUGAAGUCAGUAAAACCCCAGAACCAAAGCCAUGGAUACCUCUUGGUAGUGAGCUGGAAAUAGAUGAAGAAUCUGUCAAAGAGACCAGAGAAAAGCUGCGGUUCACAUUCUCUAGAGUGCGGAGGAAGUUUGGGCAACCAGUCUCUUUUUCUGACCGAAAUGCUUCAGAUCGCUACCUGGAGUGUAUUCCCUAUCAAGACAGCAGAUUCAGUAUCAAGCUGAUGCAGAGAGACUGUGGGAUACAGGCUGUUCCCAGAUUGCAGAGAAGCAGUGCUCAGACACAGUGGAAGUCUCAGAGGAAUAACUUUACUCAGUAUGAGCCAAGAGAGUUAAGUGAGGAAGAAAAAGAAAACAUCUACCAGUCUGAGAGUCUGAAGAAUUUUUGCAAUUUAGUGACUCCCAGGGUUUUGCAAGCUCUUCAGCAGGAAGAGAUCAUGAAUGUAUUCACUGAUGACUGGAAGGUUCUGGGGACAGGGGCUGAAGAUGGUGAUUGGUCUGGGAAGGCUUCUGAAGGUUUGAUGCUUUAUCAGGCCUUCACAGACCAGAAGUACACUAAGGACAAGCGCAUCAGCAGCAUUAACUGGCACCCAACUAUUCAUGGUGUGAUAGCUGUGGCUUUGACAGAGAAAAAGGAGGGGGAUCAGUUGAACGAGUCGUCUGCAUUUGACGUCAGACCAUCUUUCAUUGUUUUCUAUUGCUUCUCUGACCCCACUAAUCCCCAGUUGCUACUAGAGUGCCCAGAUGACAUUUUUGCCUUCGAGUUCUGCCCCUCUGAUCCAAAUAUUAUCGUUGGCGGCUGCAUGAAUGGCCAGGUUGUGUUAUGGGACAUUUCUGCUCACGUCACGCAGUUACAGGGAACACAAUCUGGUGGAAAAAAGACCUCUGUCAACACUGACACAUUCGACCUUGAUGACAACAAAGAGAAUAAGGCUCCUGUUGUGCGUUUCUGUGCAGUGUCUGCCAUAGAGAACAGCCACAAAGCACGAAUUACUGAUGUCCAGUGGCUGCCACCAACGUUUGAGGUGACCAGGACGGGCUUACCAGUGGAGAACAAGCAUAAGAUUUCUGUUCAAGUUGUCACCUGCUCUCCUGACCGCACUAUAAUGUUCUGGGAUGUGCGAGUGCCAAAACUGUUGAACCUGUCAGCAUCAGACAAAAAGCAGAAAGUGGAUCAGAAGACCCAGAUGACACCCUACAGUGUCCCCGACACUUUCAAACACCUGGACCGUACAUGGAAACCACUGUUCAGGGUUUCGCUGCCAAAGAUCAAUAUCAGUGGAGAAUACGCUCCUUUGAAGUUCAGCUUCGAACACUACACUUGUAUUGGUAAUACAGAUAGGAACACAGGAGAAGCUGAUGAAGACGAUGACAGCUCAGAGAUCAUCACAGACUACAGCCAGCUCAGAGUGCCCUCAGCCAAAGCAAUCACUACUUUGGAGGCUGUCAAUACCAAGCUCUAUAUUGGAACAGAGGAUGGAGAGAUUAUUUACACUGACUGGAAACUGGAGAAGGACGACUCUGGACGUCUAAACAGUGCCAAGCCCCUCCAUUGUUUUAACGUCCAUCACUGGCUGGUAAAUACAGUACAGCGAUCACCUUUCUUCAAAGACAUUAUUUUGACGACGGGAGGCUGGCACUUCGCCAUCUGGAAGGAGGGAGUCAUGGAUGGCCCCAUCAUAAUGUCACCAAGCUCUGAGCAGGAGUGCACUGUGGGAUGCUGGUCCCUGUCCCGACCAGCUGUUUUCUUCAUUGGGAAAGACGAUGGCAGCAUUGAUGUGUGGAACCUGGUGGAAAAGAGUAGUGAGCCUGCACACGUCCACGCACACGUGACCAACGCCAGGAUAACCUGCUUCAAACCCUGGAAUUACUCCUCCAAGCAGCACUUCCUGGCUGUGACUGACGACUUUGGAAUGGUUCGUGUUUUCGAAAUCCCAAAGAUACUCAACAUUCCCUCUAGGAGUGAGACUUUGAGUGUGAAGAAAUACUUCGAACAGGAGGAAGACAGAUUGAAGGAUUAUUUGAAGAAGGAGGAACAGUGGGUAAAAGAGAAAAAGGAGGCUGAAGAACUCAAGAAGAAAAUGGAGUCUGGCAAGUCAGUCAGAUCCCUGCAGGAGGAUGACAGGGUGAAGAUGAAGGAGGACUAUCAUGAUUACCUGGCACUGGAGGAAAGCAUCCUGAAGGGCAUGGGCCUGAGGCCAGCUACUGCAGAUUCCUAAUAUCACACACAUGCACACACACAUGAAUGCAAAUUGCAUUUCAUACUAAACAAAGGCUUCACAUUUUUAUGUAUUUAAUUUUUUUUUAAAUUGAUUGCAACUGUUUUUAUAAGAAGACUGUGUAAGAUUUUUCACAUUCCAUGUAUCUUUGUUGGUGUUCACAAUAUCCAUAUAAUUAAUUCAUGUUAUUGAAAUAUGAUCUUUAUACUUUGUAUGUGUAAAAUAUGAGUUAAUAUGAAUAUUUUAGUAAAUCGAUUCGGUCAUCAACAUUCAGACAGUCCUUGAGUUGAGGCUUCAGGGUCACCAAUGGAUUAUUUUCAUUCACCCAUCUGAGAUCUAAUUACUGGGUAAUAUGCCACCCAUUAGUACUCCCUUCACCACUGCUCCCUGAGGAUACAGUUUGGAAUAUUUUAAGGUAUCUGACCUUGGCAGGAAGUCGUUUCAUGGCUCUUUAAUUUCAUGAUGUUAUUCAGUUGUUGUUGAAAGAUACUUCAGUAUGUACAGUACAAAUGUUUUAUAAGGGAUUUAAAAGUUACAGACAGAAAUGUCUAUCUAUAGUAAGUAUCUUCAGGUAACAAAAGGCCUUGAAAAGCACUGAAUUCAGUUUCUGUAAUAAAAGGCCAUCAGACCUGGAGCAAACACUGUCACUGUCAGUGUCAGUUUAAGCAAAAACUUGAGGAGUCAGAUAUUUCUCUCGGGAGUUGAAAUGGUCUGUCUGAUGGGCUACACUGGCAAUUUUCUGAUUUGAAUCCAGUCAUUAAGUUAAUCCCAUCAGUCAUUCCAUCAGUUUUGUUUUUCAGUAACACAGCAAUACCACCUGCCUAUAGCCAUAUUGUUAUCUGCUGGCUUGCUGCUAUCUAAUCACUUCUGUUUUGAGAUCGCUGGAAACUGCACUCUGGUGGUGGGCCUUGAAAUCUUGUCAAGGAAGAUUUGAAAUAGUCAGUACCAACAGGAACAAGAGAGCAGUUGUGCACUAAGCAAUGUACUGUUCACACUGUUCCACAAGUGCUCUGUGGCUAAAAACACAUGGUUUGCUCUUUAAUUUCAGUUAAACUCUUUCACCGCAACAUAAAUUAA